UGCUCCCAGCAGCGCCAGAGCGGAGCCUGCAAGGAUGGGAGCCAGGCUGCUCUGCCUGUGCCUCCUCACAGCCCUCCUCGGCUACUACAUCUACACCCCGCUCCCCGAGGACCUGGCCCAGCCCUGGACAGUGAUGCUCAUCUCGGCUGCCGUCAGGGCCCUGGGGCACCUGUCGGAGGCGGCUGAGCUGCUGGGGAUGAUGCACUACAUGGAGGGCUUGAGGCUGAUCACGGCUGUCGAGCUCGUCGCUCCCACGUCCGACGAGAACGUCACUGUGGCAGACACAGAGUUCAGCGCUGUCCCCGUCCGCCUGUUCCUGCCCCGGAGGGCACCCGGCGGGCUCAGGAGGGCCAUGGUCUACUUCCACGGCGGCGGGUGGUGCCUGGGAGACGCAGGCAUGCACGGCUACGAUCUCAUGUCACGGCGGAUUUCAAACGAGCUAAAUGCUGUCGUGGUGUCAGUCAACUACAGGCUGGCCCCUCCGCACCAUUUCCCUGCCCAGUUUGAAGACGUGUACGCGGUGACCAAGUUCUUCCUGCAGAGCAAGGUCCUGUCCCAGUACGGGGUGGACCCUGCGCGGGUCUGCGUGGCCGGGGACAGCGCUGGGGGCAACCUGGCUGCGGCUGUGGCACAGCAGCUGUCGGAGGACCCUGAAGUCAAAACCAAGCUCAAAGCUCAGGUUCUGAUCUACCCAGCUCUGCAGGCGCUGGACCUGAACCUGCCGUCCUACCGCGACAACGCCGACAAGCCGCUGCUGCCCCGCUCGCUGAUGGUGCGCUUCUGGAGCGAGUAUUUCACGUCGGACCCGGCUCUCAGGGAGGCCAUGGCCUGCAACGGGCACGUCCCGGCCGAGGCGGGCCCGCUGCUGCCGCUGGUGAACUGGAGCCGCUGGCUGCCCGCCGACAUGCGGAAGGCUCACGCGUACGCCAGCCCGGCCCCGGGCGGCGCGGAGCUGGCCCGGAGGUACCCCGGGCUGCUGGACCCGCGGGCGUCCCCGCUGCUGGCCAGCGAGCCCCGGCUGCGCCGCCUGCCCCGCGCCCUCAUCGUCACCUGCGAGCACGACGUGCUGCGGGACGACGGCGCCAUGUACGCGGGCCGGCUCCGCGCCGCCGGCGUGCCCGUCACGCACCACCACGCCCGGGACGCCUUCCACGGCGCCCUCACCUUCCUCGCGUGGCCGCUGGAGCUGGCCGUGGGCCACCGGCUGCUCAACACCUGCGUGGGCUGGCUGAGGGAGAACCUGUGAGCGCAAAGUCCCCUCCUCACCUGCGCCAGGUGUGGCCGGAGCCGUGCUGGGUUUCGGCCGCGAUUGCCGUCCCCGUUGCAAUUCCCGCGGUGCUGGGGCUGGAGCGUUUCCCGUCUUGUCCGGCAGGAAAUCAGUCUGACCCUAACCCACGUGUUCCUCCAGUGUUAUCGCCUGAGCCUCAAACCCCCAGACUGCCAGGACUGCCCCGGGGUUCCUCUUCUGGCCCUGCAGCCUCCGGGAUUCGGUGUCUUUUCUCCGUUGCUCUUCUUCCUUCCCACCACGUUUUCAGCCCGCGGUGUGUGCCGAGGGGCCAGGUCGCUGUGGGCACACGGGACGUGCUCGGUGGCUGCUUUCUUCCUGUCUGCUUUGGCUCCGUGGGAUGCGGCAGCAGGGCCCUACUGCUGCCGGGGCUGAUGGGGUGAAGGGAAGCAGCGGGAGGCUCGGGGCGGCUGCAGGGACCUGCCCAUGGCGGGCUGGGCUGGGCUGGGCUGGGGCUGCUGUUCCUGCCCGGCACAGCUUGAGGGAAGCACUUGGAAACCCAGUGGGAUGGCUAAAAAAUUGUGAAAGUGUUUGGGGCUUUGCUUGUUUGUUUGUUUGGGGUUUUUUUUUUUUUUGUUGUU